AUGUCGGCGGCAAUAGCAGCAGGCACGAAGAGGAUCAGGGAGGAACAAGGAGAGGGGGAAACUCCGAAUAAACGGGCGGCAUCGGCUGUACCUGAAGACGACGACGACAGCUCCUCGGAUGAUGGUGUCGGUCCUUCCCUUCCAUCUGCAGCUAAUACUACGAAAAAGAGGAGAACUUUGAAGCAUGAAGCUUUAUACCUUUCGAACCUGCCGAGCCAAACCCGGUACUACCGUUCUCUCAUGCACCGCGAUAAUGUCGCUUUUGCAAACUGGACACCUUUCACCGAUUUUCUAAUUACAACUUCAACGGACGGCGUCAUCAAGUUUUGGAAGAAACAAGAUGUGGGAAUCGAAUUUGUCAAGAUGUUUAAACCCCAUGCUGGAGAUAUCGUGGGUGUGUCGGUCAGUGCAGACGGAAGAAGCUUUGCAAGCUGUGGAGUCGAUAAGACUGUUAGGAUAUUCGAUGUGGUUACAUUUGACCUCAUCGCCAUGUUGACGCUAAAACAUACACCGACAUCUAUCUGCUGGGUUCACAAGAGGGGUGCAUCGUUACCGAUCCUCGCUGUAGCGAACGAGUUGAACCAAAUCCAGAUAUUUGAUGGGAGAGGGGAGAACACGCAACCAAUACACGAAUUAAAUAAACUACACCGAAAGCCAGUUAAUGCUAUGGCAUUCAAUAACGUUUUUGACUGUGUAGUAUCAUCGGAUGUUGGUGGAAUGGUGGAAUAUUGGCAACCGCGCGAUGACUACGACAAGCCGAGUAGUGUUUUUGAGUAUAAGGCCGAAACCAAUCUUUUCGACUUCAAGAAAACAAAGUCCGCCCCAACAUCUUUAACGAUAUCACCCACUGGAUUGCAAUUUGCGACAUUCUCAUUACCGGAUAGGCAAAUUAGAGUAUUUGACUUCGCUAGUGCUAAACUUGUGAGGAGCUAUGAUGAAUCAAUUGAAACGAUAACGACGAUGCAGCAGGCAGGGACAGCGGUGCAGAAAGUGGAAGAUGUUGAUUUUGGAAGACGACUGGCUGUCGAGAAGGAGAUUGAAGCAGAGUCGGUUCGAAGCAAGAUCAAUGUCAUCUUUGAUGAAAGUGGGCAUUUUAUUCUCUAUGGGUCGAUACUCGGCAUUAAAGUUGUGAAUACUGUUACGAACCGAGUUUCGAGGCUGUUGGCAAAAGACGAGACGGGAAUGGGGAGGGCUGUCAAUUUGGCACUUUACCAAGGCGCACCAAAGAAGAAGCAGGUGGUUACGUUGGACAUGGCAGCAUCUUCGAAUCCACUUCUACAAGAAGCCGGGCUUCGAGAUCCAAUGCUCGUUUCCACGGCUCAUAAUAAACAGCGCUUCUACAUGUUCAAUUCAGAUGGCGAUGUCAAUAAGUCAGAACGAGAUAUCUACAACGAAAAGCCAACUACGACGGCUAAGGGAUCAGCCAAGAUUGAGACGAAAGCGAAGGAGUCUGGCACGGCAGCAAUCCUCCAUACAACCUUUGGCGAUAUUCAUAUCCGGCUGUUCCCGGAGGCCGCGCCCAAGUCCGUCGAGAAUUUUGUUACACACGCGAAGAAUGGAUAUUAUAAUGGCCUAAUAUUUCAUCGUGUUAUACCCAAAUUCAUGAUCCAGACCGGAGACCCAUUCGGAGACGGCACUGGCGGUGAAAGUAUCUGGGGUAGAGAGUUUGAAGAUGAGUUCUCAACAUUAAGACAUGACAAACCAUACACUGUCUCGAUGGCAAAUGCUGGCCCGAACACAAACGCUUCCCAGUUUUUCAUCACAGUGGAGAAAACUCCCUGGCUCGAUAACAAGCACACCAUCUUUGGGCGAGCGGUGCAAGGUUUGGACGUAGUUACGAAGAUAUCACAAGUCCGGACACACAAAGACAAACCGCUCCAGGACAUCCAAAUCAUCAACAUUGAAAUAGUUUAA